AUGUCGGAGCCCCACAGGGUCCAGUUCACUUCUCUCCCAGGGCCUCUGAAUCCUGCGUUUUUGAAGAAAUCUCGAAAGGAGGAGGUUGGGGGCACAGAACAGCAUCAGGAUUCUGAGCCGGCGGCAGCAGCCGUCCGAAUCACACUCACCCUCUUUGAGCCAGAUCACAAGCACUGCCCAGAGUUCUUCUACCCAGAGCUGGUGAAGAAUCUCCGCGGGAAAGUGAAAGGCCUUCCUCCUGGAGAUAAGAAAAAAGAUCUCUUGGAUCCCUUCAAUGACGAGGAAAAGGAAAGGCAUAAAGUGGAGACCCUCGCCCGGAAAUUUGAAGAAAAAUAUGGUGGAAAGAAACGUAGAAAAGACAGAAUCCAAGACCUGAUUGACAUGGGGUACGGUUAUGAUGAAUCUGACUCCUUCAUCGAUAACUCUGAGGCCUAUGAUGAGCUUGUUCCUGCAUCUUUGACUACCAAGUAUGGAGGAUUUUAUAUUAACUCGGGGACCUUGCAGUUUCGACAGGCGUCAGAAUCUGAGGAUGACUUCAUUAAAGAAAAGAAGAAAAAGUCCCCAAAGAAGCGAAAGUUGAAGGAAGGUGGUGAGAAGAUAAAGAAGAAGAAAAAAGAUGACACUUAUGACAAGGAGAAGAAAUCGAAGAAGUCCAAGUUUUCUAAAGCUGGCUUUACAGCCCUCAAUGCCAGUAAGGAGAAGAAGAAGAAGAAAUACUCUGGGGCUCUGAGUGUUAAAGAGAUGUUGAAGAAGUUCCAGAAGGAGAAAGAGUCUCAGAAGAAGAGGGACGAGGAGCACAAGGCCCCAGCAGUCUCAUCCACCGCAGCCCCGAGCCUGAGGGAACUGGACGGUCCCCCCGACCCCUUGCUCUCACUCUUUGGCUCCACGUCUGACAACGAGCUGCUGCAGGCCGCCACAGCCAUGGACGCUCUCACUGACUUGGACUUGGAGCAGCUGCUCACUGAGUCUCCAGAAGGAAGCCCCUUCCGAGAGACGGAGGACGAAAGCGAUUCCCUCGGGGUGGGACUGGACCCGGAAUUCAGGCAGCCCUCCUCCCUCCCCGAAGGCCUGCCUGUGCCCUUGGAGAAGCGCAUUAAGGAGCUGGCUCAGGCUGCCAGAGCUGCUGAGGGGGAGAGCAGGCAGAAGUUCCUCACCCAGGGCAUCAACGGCAUCCUGUUAGACAUAGAGGUGCAGACACGGGAGCUAAGCAGCCAGAGCCGCUCUGGGGUGUACGCCUAUCUCGCCUCCGUGCUGGUCUGUAGCAAGGACACCCUGCUCAAACGGGCCCGGAAGCUUCAUCUCUACGAGCAGGGCGGGCGUCUGAGGGAGCCUCUCCAGAAGCUGAAGGAAGCCAUCUGUAGGGUGAUGCCAGAGCAGGUGUCCAAGUACCAGAACGAGUGCCAGGCACACACACAAGCAAAGGUUGCCAAGAUGCUAGAGGAGGGGAAAGACAAGGAGCAGCGAGAACGGAUUUGCUCCGAUGAGGAAGAAGAUGAAGAAAAGGGGGGCCGACGGUUAAUGGGACCCCGGAAGAAAUUCCAGUGGAGCGAUGAAAUCAGGGAGCUGCUCUGCCAAGUGGUGAGGCUGAAGCUGGAGAGCUAUGACCCGGAGAGGAACAACAAGGCCCAGCCCUGGGAGGACUACGUGAAGGCAUUUCUAGAUGCCGAGGUCAAACCUCUCUGGCCCAAAGGCUGGAUGCAGGCCAGGACCCUGUUUAAGGAGAGCCGGCGUGGCCACGGGCACCUGACAUCCAUCCUGGCCAAGAAGAAGGUCACGGCCCCUUGUAAAAUCAAGGUGAAGGACCCACCUGCUAAGCCUGAUAAGAAGGUGCCCGUCCCAUCAGGACAAAGUGUCGGCCCUGUCUCCUUGCCUUCUGAACUUGUAGGGGGAGGCCUAAGUGCUGGGGCUGCCUCCAGGGAGCUCUCCUCCCAUGCUCCCAGCAGCCUGGCCAACCCUGGGCCCAUCAGCCUUGAUGACUCCCUGGACGAAGACUUCCUCCAUGACUCAGCCUCUUCCCUGGAAGCUGUGUCCAAGGAGCUGGCAGCUUUGAAUAGCCGAGCUGGCGGAAGCUCUGAGUUCACACUGUCUGCGCCCUCCAGGGCACCUGCCGAAAAGGCUGCGGGCGUGUUGUGCCCGGAAGAAAAGAGGAACUUUCCGAAAGCCAGCCCGUCCGCUCCAGCCACCUCCAGUUCGUUGCAGUCGCCUCUUAGUUUUCUGGCCGAGCAGGCACUGGCACUGGGGCAGGCCUCUCAGGAGAAAAGAGCAGAGAGCUCUGGCUACAAAGAGCUGUCCUGCCAGGCCCCGCUUAGCAAGGGCCUGACAGAAGCCCAUCCACCCAAAGCCAAGCACCACAGCUUACCCCGGACAGCCCACGGCCCCCAGGCGACAGCACCGAUGCCCAGCCCACAGGUGAAAGUCUUCCACGCAGGAGCCCAGCAGCAGAAAAGCGGCUUCACCCCCCCAACUCCAUUUGUCAACAAGCUCCAAGGUUCCAAGGCAGCAGCCUCCCCCACAUGCCAUCGCUCCCUCCUGCAGCUGGUGAAGACUGCGGCCAAAGGCCAGGGCUCCCAUCCCUCCGGAUCAGCCACCUCCACAGGAGUGCCGUCCUCCAGUGGCAGCAGCUCUCAUAAGAACCCAACCUCAUCCUCUGCCACGCUGAGCCACACAGCAAAACAGCAUUCGGCCAGCUCUUCUGGGCCCUCCGCUUCAGUGUACAAGAACAGCCCCUUUGCUGGCUCCAUCUCCAAGCAUGCACCUGCUUCCAGCGGCUCCACCUCUGGAGGCACGACCAUUCCCAGCUCUUCUUCUGGGAACUUGCUCCCAGGUGGACAGACCCCCUCCAUGGCGCAAUCUGCCAGCCGCCCAGUCUCCAGCUCAGCAGCAAAGAAACCCCCCACCUCCCAGAAGCUGACCUUGGUGGCUCCUCCAGGUGGUCCCAACGGAGACUCAAGUGGGGGGACUCAGGGGGUGGCAAAGUUGCUGACUUCCUCCUUGAAGCCCACCGUGGCCAGUGGUUUGACAUCGUCUACCUCUUUGCCAAAAGGACCCAGUGGGGCUGUGUUGCUGACCAGCACCUCGUCCCUGAACCUGGUGUCUCCAUCCUACAAGUCCAGCAGCCCAAAGCUGCCCGGGGCCAUGAACUCAAACUCACUCGGGAUCAUUGGCUCCGUGCCGUUUCCUGUCCACGUGCUCUCCUUUCCCUCGGACUCUGCUGCCAAAGCCGGGCUCUCAAAGGAGGCCAUCGUCACAGGCCCGGCACCGGGGACCUUCCACCACGGCCUCAGCCACAGUCUUCUGGCUGGCGUGCAUUCCAGCGCGCACCCCGCAGCACCCCUCCCACACGCUGCCUUGUCCACCCACAUCCCGCAGAGCCUGCCAGAUGCUUCUCAGCUUCACGGGAAAGGGCCCAGCGUACCCCGGAAGUUGUGA